AUGGCCUCCCUCAUCGAUACCUUCGUGCCUUCUAGCACUUACAACACGCUGCCCUUAAUCAGCCAAGUUGCUGGGGCACCCGAGGAUCACUCCCAAGAUCUUCAAGACCUCCGCGAGUUGUUGAACAAGCACAAUGUUCCCAAGGGCGUCAGUGUCCGAUUGAUCCACAAGCACUUUGACACCACAGAUGGCGAAGUCAUGGUUUUUGACAAGAUUCCAGUCGCGGGACAUGGAGUCGUUCAGAUCAUGAAGCCUAUUGUGCCUCCAAACAGUAACCAACUCCGAGGCAUCCAUUAUUUUGUCGAUGACAAUGCGUCCCUUCAAGCCUACGAGUAUGGCAACUACGAGGUACCCGAGAUGUGUGGUUUUGAGUCGUUCCUAGCCGAGUUCUGUAGUCUCGUUUCCGCGCGAGGUCUACAGCGCAAAUUCGGGCUCAAGCUUCAGCACGAGGAUGAUACGGAUCAGAUGGGGUGGACCGAAUACGAACUCCACGCGAAGCGUGGCACCAUCAUGUUCCCGGAUGGUAUGCCCAUGCCUGAUGGGGAUAGUGACUACAGUGUCACCACAGAGUGGAAAGCAAUUUUUAAUGAACUUCCGAGAACGUGCAAGCAUACUACGACCUGUAGGCACGGGCGGACCACGUGCAAACACUGCAAACACUGCAACAGCCACGAUGAGAGUCAUGCCAACUGCGGUGACGAGACCGGUUUCUGCUUGGGCGGGCAGAAGAUUCUACCAGGAACUCCGGUCCACGAUAUCGUGAAUCAAAUUAUUGCCGUGUUUUAG